GGUGCCGGGUCUCGAGAGCCAGACCUUCUGGAACUGCUCCCGGUGGCCGUUCCUGGCGAGUCUGGAGGCUGCCACACCCAUGAUCUUGGAGGAGGUUCAAGCUGCGGCAGAGUUCAUGUCAGCGUAUCCAUACUUGAAGACGCACGGGGUGUGGCAGGAUAUCUUUCUCUACCGAGGCCACGACUGGAACACCUCGCUCUGUGACCGCAUGCCCGCCACCUGCCGGCUGCUCCUGCCAGAGCUGCCCACCAAGCCGGGGGUUCCCUACGCCACGGUUUACAACGAGGAGGUGGUGAUUUUCCGCUCGGAGCCGGGCGCCUCGGUGGGCGCCCACUGUGGGUCCUCCAAUGCCGUCAUCAACCUCCAUCUCACGCUGAAGGGCGGCCGCGGCACCUCCGUGUCCGUCGGGGACGAGCGUGUCUUGCUGGAGGACGGCAAGGUGGUGUGCUUCCAGGACAGCUUUUUUCACUCCGUGGAGCAUGACCUGUCCGGAGAGGAGCGCAUCUCACUGGUGAUCCGAGUCAUGCACCCGGACCUGACUUGGGAAGCUCUGGACGCCAAGCGCACGGAUGUCGUGCCAGACCUGGCCUCCUUCGACCGCUCUGGCAGCCUGCUGAGCGAGAUCGAUCGCUUGCGCCAGGAGUACCGCAAGCUGGCAGCGCAGAAUCGGAACAUCGGAGUUGGUGAGCGCAGUGAAAGCUGCGAGUCAACGACAACCUGACACCGAUUUGGCCAACUGAAGGCGCGACUGUUACAUCUGAACCACAUGCUCU